ACGAGAGGCGGCCGCCGCUCCGCAGCCGCCCCCCGCCAGCCGGCCGGCGGGCGGCGCGGCGGGGAGUGCGGCCCGGGCGAGGAGUGAGAUGGCCCCCAGGAAACAGCCGCGGCGGAGGCUGCGAGCCCCGCGGGAGGCGUGAUCGUCCCCCGGCCAAGCCAUGGGCCAGACCUCGGUCUCCACGCUGUCCCAGCCGGCCGGCGUUGAUGGUUUGGAUAAGGCUUCAAUUGCUAACUCGGAUGGACCAGCCCCUGGAUCCCAAACUCCCCCCUUCAAGAGGAAGGGCAAACUCUCCACCAUCGGCAAAAUCUUUAAACCUUGGAAAUGGCGGAAGAAGAAGACUAGUGACAAAUUCAGAGAAACCUCAGCAGUGUUGGAAAGGAAGAUUUCGACAAGACAAAGCAGAGAGGAGCUGAUAAGAAGGGGAGUGCUGAAGGAAAUGCCCGAGCAAGAUGGUGAUGUAACAGUAAAUUUUGAAACUUCAAAUGGACAUACCAUAGCCAUUGGUGAAGAAACCAUACAGGAAGAAAAUGUGGUAAAAGCCAGUGGAGAUAAUGGUCCUUUAUCAGAGAAGGCAUCAGCAUUGGAAGGAAAAAAGGAAGAACAAAAAGAGAGCACUACUGAUCACUGCCCUGAAAUAUCGGCAUCCCAUGCUCCACCACCACCCAAGCCUAAGCCUAAAUCUAAAAAAGCUCCACCACCACCAAAAAAUGCUAUUGCUGCUUCCACCACUACCAGCCAUAAGAGUAAUGAAGCAUCUCAUGCUAAAAAAAAGGGAAAGGCUCCUGCUAAGCAGCCUCCUCUCCCACCGCCUAAGCCAACAAGCCACAGUGCAAAUCGAGAAGCUGCUAGUUCCUCUCAUGCAAAAAAAGCACCAGUCUCCAAGUCCUCUUCGUCACCAUCUCCUUCAUCCACAUCAUCUCAUCCCAAAGCCUCUAAGGAGACUUCCAGCAAAUCGGGGACAUCAGGGACUCCCAGGGGCAAGAAAAAAACUGGGAAGCAGUCAGCCCCACGAACAGCACCGGAUGGGGCUGCAUCUUCCCCCUUAGGUGCCACAGCCAACAGGUUGGAAGCGAAGCCAGAAAAACCUGAGCCUGAGCAACCUCCAAUAGUCCUUUCCAGAACACAGGAAGCAGACCAACCAAACAAGCUCGUUGUUCCCCCUCCUCCCACUGCUGCCCCUCCUCCACCUCCACUUCCACCUCCUUUUCCUGCUGCAACUGGUCAGGCUGCUGUCUCCUCAGAUGCCCAGGAUGUGUCAGAUGCCUGCACGGCAGGGACAGCCAUCCCUGGAUCAGAUGCUAAACCUCUUCUCCAGGCUGAACAUGGCACUGACAAGAGCCUGAGCAGUAUGGCCCUAGACAGUAGUCCAGAUGUUAGUGGAGAAGACACAAAAAGCUUGGCUGCCAAAGAAGAGCAGGAAGUGGAGGCACCUGACCAGGCACAUUCUGAACCAGCAGAGGAGGCUUCUGAUGCUGCUGCCCCUCCUGAGAGUGAAAGUAGCAGAGAAAGCCACAGCAGCGACUCAGACUCUGAUGGGCCAAUACUGUACACAGAUGAUGACGAUGAUGACGAUGAUGAUAGUGCAAGUGCUGAAAGCUCUUUGGCAAGCAAAAUUCGUCGUAGGGAUACUCUUGCUAUCAAACUUGGCAACAGACCGUCUAAGAAAGAAUUAGAAGACAAAAACAUCUUGCAGCGCACAUCUGAAGAGGAGAGGCAGGAAAUCAGACAUCAGAUUGGAACAAAGCUAGUGAGGAGACUUAGCCAGAGGCCUACAACCGAAGAGCUAGAGCAAAGAAAUAUCCUGAAGCAGAAGAAUGAAGAAGAGGAACAGGAAGCCAAAAGAGAAAUAAAACGUAGACUCAGUAGAAAGCUCAGCCUGAGGCCUACAGUGGCUGAACUUCAAGCAAGAAGAAUCCUUCGAUUUAACGAGUACGUGGAGGUCACGGAUUCUCCGGAUUAUGACCGUCGUGCUGACAAGCCUUGGGCCAGGUUAACUCCCGCAGACAAGGCAGCAAUACGGAAAGAACUGAAUGAAUUUAAAAGCACAGAAAUGGAAGUACAUGAGGAAAGUCGGCAGUUUACCAGGUUUCAUCGUCCGUAACCGUUUGACCACAUCCCGUAGUUCAUGUAACAGUUUUCUUUGGGGAAAUCAUUGCGUCCUGAAGCCCUGAGAUUGCACUGGAACUUGACUGAGUGUGAGUGCGUGCUACAGCUUACCCCGAGGUUAAUGGAGGAUGUGGCCCUCGUCUUUAUCAAAGGACAAAUGAUUUGUCUAGAAGGAGAAUCCACAUCAAGUGUUUGUCAGUGUUAAGAGAGACCACGGUUCUGUGGCCAGCCCACACAGACAAGUCAGUGGACUUCUUCAACAGAGCCCCACAAGUCAGGAAGAGCUGAAGACAAUCGCAUGAGACCAUGUUGCCAGAAGCUCAUCAGACUUCAUAGUGUUGUGGCUUAGGGUAACUGAGGUGGGGCUGGGAGUGUGAAGAGCACUGAGAGUGUGGGGGAAGAGAGACUUUGCUUGUCUUCCCACAGAGAAAAAUGGAUGGGACCGUGUAACGAUGCACUUGGCCAGUGGGAGGAACUACUUUUUAAAGACUCUUGAGAGUGUGAGCAACUGUGCAUGUUUCUUUUUUUAAUGGCCACAGCCUGUCUUAGAAAGACAAGCACGCCACAAGUCCUCAUGUCAUCAUUACUUUAGUGAAGAACUAAUUUUCUCCGGUGCCAGUACAUACAGUUGCCAGAAAUUAGUCCUAGCAUAACUGAGCUGUCUGUUUUUAAGUCCUGAUGAGCAUGCUUCAAGAAAAUACAUUGAACAUUCAUACAGAACAAGUCAGAUAUUUUUUAGGUUUUAAUGCUGGCAUACUCCAGAUCCUCAGAAAUACAUAAACAGGAUUUGAAGGGCAAAUAAUGUGACACUAUGAGUGCAAUGAAAUGCUUCAUGUUUAGGAACACUGCUUGCUGUCUGUCGCUUGCCAUUCAAACCAGAGGGACUGUUAUUGUUCUCACCUGUGGCGGGCAAUGGUGACAACUUCAGUGUCAAUCCCAAAUCAGAAUUGAAAAUGAGGCACAAAAGUCUUUACUUGUAGGCCUGAGCAGGGAUUACUAAUGUAAUUUCUUAUGUUUAAGGACUUGUGCGCUGCAUUGAAGAAGAACUCCCAGAUUAAUCAUAUCUUCAGCCAGUGGUCCUGUAAAAGUGAAUGGAAGAUCCUUAGAGUGUCUGUGGCCUGUUUUUGUUGAGUGUGAAGAAUGCUUCUUAGAGUCAUCAUUUUUUUUAUACUAUCUUCAAAUUGUACAUGUGAAUACAGUGCUAUUAAAAUUAAGUGGUAUGGAGUGUGAAAGGCAAUACAUAGUUUUUCUAAGUUGGCCCAAAGGCCUAUUAAAAAGCCCAUGACUUUGUUUACACUAAGAAACUCUGUGUCUUAUAUUAGCACUUAUUUAUCCUUUGAAGUAACGUACACAACAUUUGAGGGAGGGGCUGGAAUUCACAUAUGCAUACAUUUAAUGCAGUAUUACAAUAUAUUUGCUAUUUAUCCUUUCUAAUGUGUGUACAUAUUACAAUUUAUUUUUGUCUUUUAUGUGUAAGUAUUUCUUUUUCAGGCAAUAAAAGGUCUGCAUAGAUGUGAUUUUUACCUCAGAACCUGCAAUAGAUUCCUUCGUAAUGUUUUCGGUUUAGAAGAUUGAAGGUUGUUGUUUUAGAUGUCAGCCUGAAGGCAGGAAGGCAAUUUGGUGUCUAAAAUUAGAUCUCCCUCUUUACUGAUAUUUACAACAAGACCAGGUUUGCAUAAAUGGGGUGGAUUAUUUUAGUAAAGAGCACUUCUAGCAACAGGAGAGUGCUUUCCAACAGCUGUCACUCUUAUCAUUUUUAAAGAGAUUGACAAACCUCUUUUUAAAAGAGAUAGAUUUAAAUGACUGGUAGGAUCUCAUACAUUUUAGUAGAAAUCUAGUGAUGUGCCAACUCCAAAACGUUGAUAACCAAAUAAAAAAGCCAUCUACAUGCUUAUAGCAAAGAAAAGGAAGCAGCACCUUCUGUUUUUUUUAAUGGAAUCAAUAAGAGCCAUUAGGAUUGCAUUUGCAAAAAACAGUUUAGCUUCUGUGAGGGGCCCAUAAUUUCAUAAAUAUAGAAACACCACUUUGACAUCAAGGAAGCAGUGAAAAUGUAUCCUUUGGCACUAGACCAUACAGGGAUGAUCAGGCCAUUAGAGUUAAGGUUUGUCAGCAAUUCUGGUAGAAUCCUAAUUUUUAUUUUUAGAAUUUGAAGAGUAAAUUUAAAAGCUACACAAGCACAACAAAUAGUUCUGCUUAAACUUUUUGUUGGUGGUGCCAAAUUUAGAAGUGUGUGUCCUGUGAAGGUCUAGUAUGUUGACUUUGGAGUUUAAAACACAGUAUUUCACAUCAGAGGAAACAAAUAGACCUCAGAGUUGCCUUAAUCACUUUGAAACAUUUGAAAGCAGCCAAGAUACUACAGGCAGAAAGAUAGCUGUUGCACAGGCAGAGGAACUUGGACAAAGGUAAGGUUAGACUAUAUAAACUUUGUGUAAGACACUAGCUCCACUGACAUGCCAGGCUACAUAUGGGUUACUCAAGCAAACAAAACCUUGUGUCGCCCUCUUGCUUUAAAACACAAAGAUGAGGAUACAGCUUCUGGCUCAGACCACUUCAAGCUGCGUUUUGCCAUGAGACAUGAGGAUACACAGGUGAGGUAUCACUUAAGCUUUCCCUAUUCUUUUUCAGGGUUUGGAGGGGGGUUUUUUUAAAGUAUUGACUACAAGCCAUUGCUAGGGACAGAAUAGUAGCCUGGAUAGAGAUGCUGAGCUAAUCUUCUUACUUAAUUUCUUCUUAUUUUGAUGAUAAAUACGCCGAUGCAUUCUUUGCCCCACAAUUCAACAAACUACUUUAGCAAAUUUAUGUAACUGGACAAAAAGAGUUGCCUUUCUUGGAACUUAUGUAAAAAAAUGUAGUAUACUUUCAGAAUUAGAACUAUAAAAUAUCCACUGUGUAUUGUAUCCACGCACAGACUUAGAAUUGUAUAUACUAUUUUUAUAUUCUAAAUAUCAACUGGUAGAAAAAUGACAGCUGUAAAGUGUUAAUCUGUGCAAUAAAAACUAACAAGAUUUUGGUAUGUCACUAUGUACAGCGAAGCAAGUUUGCUUUACCUUAUUGAGCUGCCUGAAGUCAGUUUCUGAUGUAUUUCCUAGUCUUCUGUAUUGAUGAUUUGGAAAGCCUUCAAGUUGCUACAGCACGCCAUUGGCAAUAAUGUAUCAUGCACCUGUGUGUUAUAAGGGAAAGAUCAGGGUAAGUCCUGAGAAACUCCUGAGUGAGUCAUAUUUGAGGGAAAAAAAGAAAAAGAUGUAAAUCUUUGCCAUUCUAAAAUGGCAAAGAAGAAAAAUACUUUUGUGCAAUGCGUGGCACAGUCCAGGUGGCCACUUGGGAUCAGUGUGUCAAUUUCUAUCAAGUUGGACAAAUCAUUUAAAUGUCAUCCACAACAUCUGAAAAACCUUACACACAUACCUGUGUUCCACAGAAUCAGGUAUGACUGUAGGUGUCUACAUCCACUCAAAGAGAACGUGAGUGGCUUGAAGUAGUGGUUUCUGAAGUGACAUGUAUCAUAUAUCAGUAGGAUGACCCAUCACAGCAUGUUGCUGUGGGUGCAGAAGAAUGGAUGCUUUACCAGAUUCUAAUUACCUGAUUUACCAAAUUCUUCUUCACAUAGCAAAUUGAAGUGGUUCUUCUCUCUCAGGUAAUAUAUAUUAGUCCUUAUAUCUGAAAUUAUUUGUUUCAAAUGAAAAGUAGUCUUAUCUGAAUUUCCUCCAGUUGUGGUAUAUGUGUUGACUCAACAAGUACCAAAGAAAACAUAUGUCAGCUAAAUGCUACUGGUCAUUUAAGCUAAAUACCACUUCAACUGGUGACUUGAUACAAGGCAAGACCAGGAGCAGUGUCUCUUCAAAAUCUUUGAAAGUAUUCACAGCUAUUUGUAGGUCUGCAAGACUGUAUUUAUUUGUUGGGUUUAGUAGCUACCUACAGCUGUGUGUGGCUCUUGCUGUAGUGGACUUUACCAAUCUCUGACGUGUUGUGAGGCAGGGCAGCCCCACCUUCUACUUUGGCCACACUGCAAAGCUCACAGAAAAGCACCACAGUCCAAGUGUUGACAUGUAAAAAUCUAUUAGGUGACUACUCCUCUUUUUUUCCUUGAAAACCAAAUGAAAGCUGUGAAAAAAAGGGACAAAAGUGUCCCUGAUAUUACAGGAAUUAGACACCUCCUUCCAGGUGAGAUUAGUGCUUGGUUUCCCAUGGAGAUGCUUCAAACCCAGAUCUGUGACUAGAAUGCUACAGCUACAUCAGAGAAUUUGUUUCAAAAUAGUUGUCAUUUAACCUGAGUAUCUGAGCCACAGUUUUGUGUCAUCAUAAAAUGGGAGGUAGAUCCAGCCAGCACAGGCUAAAAAUGUCUAUCUAGUCUGGCAGCCUGGGAAUGAUUCAGAACUCCCUUCUUGGCUGCAGCUGGCAGCAGGUUGGAGCCAAGGUAGGGAGAGCCACGCUGUCACCUGGGUACCUGGCAGGCUGCACCAGCAGGACACAUCUGGUUCAGCACUGAUGGCAUUCUGAGGAGAGACUAGAAUAUGAGUCCACAUCUUAUGUCUGUUAAUGCUUUAGUAAUCAAAUAAACCAAGCUAAAAGCCUACAUUUGCAUGGAGCUGUCAGGUGUACCAGAACUGCAUCUUCGAAUGCUUGAAUGGCAUCUGUUUUGAAUGUUUUGAAUGGCAUCACAUCUCCAGGAGUUAAGAACUUGUGCUGCUGCUGUAAGCUAAAAUAAAGACAUACUCAGGGUGAAAAAACAGAAUGAACUUGCCUCCUGCCUUUAGGAGCUCCCACAUUUAGCUUCAUUAUUGUUGCUAUCUUUAGUCUUACUGUAACAAAGCACAGUGCAAGGCCCACUGCUGGGACCUGGCUUUUGAUGAACAAAAAAAAAUCCCAAACCAAUUCUGAAUGUUUUUAUUAGGUUGACAUUAAAAUAUUUUGAGGAUUAAAUGAAAAGAAAAUUCCCCACAAUAGCUUAAAGCUUCUAUUUAACAUAAUUGUGAAAAAACCACCCAAAACUUAUGCAGGCGUAUCUAUAGAGAAUGAGAGAAGUGGAGUAAACAUCACAUAUUUCACUGUAAUGUUUUGACAGGUUUCUAUUUGUUAACUUUAAUGAUUAAUAAUGUCUUAUUUCACUUUGUCAGUGUUCCCAUCUUCUUUCAGGAUUUUAAUGAAAACAGGACCUCACACAAACUAGACAGAGCAUUUCAAUAAUAGAUCCUUUUUUUUCCCUAGAAGUUAAAUAUUGCAUUGGAUGGGAACAAAGAAAGUAAUGGCAUUCCCUGUGUCUCCUUGUGCAAUCCUUAAUUCUUUAUAUUAAAAAAGUCUUGCAAUGCUAUGUCAAAUUUAACCAUAGUUGAACAUUGCUAUAGUCUCUUCUUUUCACUACUUUGUAUGGUGGUAUAUUGGUUUGUAAACUUGUAUAAAUUUUGGAAUUAAAGAACUACUGUACUGUGUUUUGGAUGACAAUUUUAAGCUGGUGUGAUUUGAAAUAUAAAAGGUAGCAAAG